GGAACAAAUUCAGGCAUUCUCAAGGAAUGGAUGGGUGUCAGUGACAGCUUGUUGGACUGUAGAUUCUGGAAUUUGAUUUCAGCCUUCUCUGAAGGCAGGAGUUGGCUGAAGUUGGAUUUAUUUUCAUUUUUAUGUGGAUGAUGUUUAUACAACCGUGAAUCAGCAAAAAUCUUCACUAUGUGUUCAGUGGGAUCUGCUUAAAACUUCUCAGAUGAAGUCAGGAGACCAGUUCUUUGUUGAGGUUACUGGAGAAUAACAAAUACCAUUCUCUACACCUCACAGUUUAGAGUAUGCUAUGGAGUUAGCCAUUGUAUGUACAGGCACUCUGGGAGCCAGAUUCUGUGGAAAUAACUACAGUAACAAGGUGAACAUGAUUACAAACAGCAGGCAUUCAUCUCAGAGAAACCACAUUGCAUUACCAUUCUUCACACUACUUGAGAUGGUGAUCAUGGCAGGGACCGUGAUGCUGGCUUACUAUUUCGAAUAUACGGACACCUUCGCGGUCAACGUGCAAGGCUUCUUCUGCUACGAGGGCGCGUACCGCAAGCCGUACCCGGGCCCGGAGGACAGCAGCGCCGUGCCCCCAGUGCUCCUCUACUCGCUGACCGCAGGCGUGCCCGUGCUGGUGAUUAUCGUUGGAGAAACCGCAGUGUUUUGUCUACAGUUAGCAACAAAGGAUUUUGAAAAUCAAGAAAAAACAAUAUUAACUGGAGACUGUUGUUAUAUAAAUCCACUGGUGCGCAGAACCAUCAGAUUCCUUGGAAUUUACGCGUUUGGACUGUUUGCUACGGACAUCUUUGUAAAUGCUGGACAAGUAGUAACAGGGAAUCUUGCACCACAUUUUCUUGCACUUUGUAAACCCAACUAUACAGCACUUGGAUGUAAACAGUAUACACAGUUCAUCAGUAGUGCACAUGCCUGUACUGGAAACCCAGACCUUAUCAUGAAAGCCAGAAAGACAUUCCCAUCCAAAGAAGCAGCACUAAGCAUAUAUGCAGCUAUGUAUCUGGCUAUGUAUAUCACCAGCACGGUAAAAGCCAGAGGAACAAGGCUUGCAAAACCUGUUCUGUGUUUGGGUUUGAUGUGCUUGGCUUUCCUUACUGGAAUCAACAGAGUAGCAGAGUAUCGAAAUCACUGGUCAGAUGUAAUAGCAGGAUUUAUAAUUGGAAUAUCUAUAGCAGUAUUUCUGGUUGUUUGCGUGGUAAAUAAUUUCAGGGGACGUCAGCCAGAACAUGAACAUUCUCAUAUGGAUAAUUUGGCCCAGAUGCCCAUGAUCAGCAUACCUCGAGUAGAAAGCCCUUUAGAAAAGAACCACAUCACGGCCUUUGCAGAAGUCACAUGAUGUUGAUGCUGAGGUAUAUUCACUCCAUUGGACUUCAUCUCUUUUCACAGCCCACUCACGAUAAUUCCAGUGUAACAAAACCAAGAAAUUUUUAAAGUCCUCUUUCUGACUUGAUUUUUACAUCAUUAAAAUGAAACCUACGUUUUGAAGAUUUCUUAAGUAUUAGAACGUCACUUUACUUUCUAGCAAAAAUAUUAACUGUUUACUUUUUGAUGGAAUGGGGCAAACUAAGCACUAAUUACCUUUAUCUGACACUACCCUCUAUUUUGGCUUCUUGUUGUUUUUUUAAUGGUUUGUGCACCUAUUCCAGCAGUACUCCAUAUUUUGAUUUGAAAUUGAUUUUUAAAAUCUGCAUUUUUAAUUCAGCAUGAAUUUGUUUCCAUUUGAGGCAGUUUUAGUGUAUAAAAACUAGAAAAAUAUUACCUUCUGUAUGAAAAUGCUGUUUGCACAUUGUAUUAUGCUGUAUUCCAUGUAAGAUAUCAUUCAAACAAUGUUAUAUGUAAAACUGGUGCUUCUGCUUUUGAAGAGAAAAAAAAUGCCAAUUUUUACUGUAAUAAGUAUUGUAUCAUAAUUAAAAGUUUAUUUAUUUGGAUAUUUUCCUGACAUAAUUGUAGUUGAAUUGUUGAUUUGUAGUUCUUGAAUGAUAUAUAUGUAUCUAGGUUAAAAGAAAUGAAAAUUAUAUAGAAAUGUUGAUCACUGAUAUAUUCGUUAAUGCUAUCCCAUGAGAGUUUAAGGGUUCCAUUCUUAGCUCAGCAUAUCUGAUGGGAAGCCCUGCUAUCACAGAUCAUUUAAACAAGUUACUGAAGGAGCCCUGCAUCUUCUCCUCAUAUUUGUUGUAUACUCAGAUACUAUGCUGGGAGAAUAGGGUGCUAAGACUGGAAGAGGGUCACUGAUAUAGUGAGGAAAAGUGCACGUGCUUCUGUUGGAGCAUAUAUGGAAAAUAAGCAACAGCUGCAUUAAUUUACUUCAACUGGAGUGACCAAGACAGGCAGAAUUUAUCUCUAGGAAUCUCUCUGUUUCUGUUUCCUUUUCAGGGCCAUGUUCUUGCAAAAAAAUCCUCAGUCAGAUUCUGCGUUGCUGAAGGAUUUUUUCCUUCAACGUCAAUGAUGUUGUUAUAUCAUUGUUAUCACUGUGAAAAAUCAAAUUGAGCCUCCCCUUCAAAAGACAGCCUCACUGACUAUUCAUAGUGAAGCAUUGUAGAUGCUGGAGAUACUCUUAGCUGCCAGAAUGUUUUCCUCAUGCAACCACAGUUGCAAUGCUAGCACUAUAGACACGUUUAAGAUAGAGACAGAUAAAGAAAUUCAGUGUGGUCCUUGAAACGAGUCCAGAAUUCUAGGCCUUAAGUUUUCCAUAAUUCAGUGCAUUUCCUCUGCAUUAAUCUUUAGUAGAAGAUAUUUAAAACAUAACUGUAGAAUUGGAUAUAUAUUUUUCUAUGUUGAAUUUUGAUGUGUUCCUGCAUAGUUAUCCAUGCAUUUUCAUUUUAACUUGUCUUUUCACUAAAUGCAGCUACCUAAAUAUUGCUUGGCAAGCAGGGCAAAGCCAAGUCUUCUUUGAGUGCAGUAGAGCAGUAUAUCCCAUGAAGUCAUCAUACUAAGCUGAGAAUUAGAGAAUAAAGGAAUACAUCAGCAGGGGAAAAAGUCUUAGAAUAGAGCCCUUAGCUACAAUAGUGUUACUUAGGUGACUGAAAAUCCACCUUUAUUAGGCUACCAACUGUGUUUACAAAAUUGUAGUAGGUCCAAAGUUUGUAUCACCAUGUGAGGCACACCUACCCUUCUCUUAUUAGUAUAGCUUUUUAGGGUCUGAGGUACUAAUGAUCUCUGUGUGUAGAUUUAAAAGAAAUUCUCACUCAUUUUUGCAUGGUAGCAAAUCUAUGUUUUUUUAAUAUCUGAUUUAUAAGAUUACCAAGAGAUUCUUUUAUGUUAAAAGAGAUGACUCUUUUCCACUGUACUGUAUAUCAUCAACUUGUAACUGGUCUCUUUCUCUCUCAGGAUCUUUCCCAGUCAAAUAUUUGGGUUAAAUUUAUCAUAUUAUCUCUGUGAACCAGCAGUGAGAAAACAAAAAGAGAGACACUCUGCUGUAUAAUGUAUUUUUAAAUAAAAUAAUUUUUCAAUCA